AUGGAGCAAAUGGGAGCAUUUUUUGAUGAAGAAUAUUGUCAAUCUUUGAGCAAAAUGUUCUUUAAUGAAAAUUCAUCAGAUUUCAUGUUUCAAUUACAUGGUGAAGAUAAUAUUAUUGGAGGGAGUUUUUUUUCUUCUUCUUCUAAUUCUCAUACUUUAAAUAGUACUAGUAACAUAGAUUAUUUUUCUCAAGAAAAUAGUAUUGAUAGUAGAGGAAGUGGUGAUAUAUUUUUUCUCAACAACAACACAAGUCAUGAAUAUUUACAACAUAAUUAUGAUGUUGAGUCCACUAAUUUUUACAUGAUGGGCAACAAGAAUCUUGAAAAUUCAUUGUCUAAUGAUGAUUAUAUUAUGAAAGAAAAUAUUGGCAAUAAUUUUAGCCAAUUGGAUAAUGAAAUGUUGUUAAAGAGGAAGUUUGAUAAAGUUGAAGUUCAAUCAAUAACAGAGGAGGAAAAAUUCAAGGAGUCUGAAAAUCCUAAGAAGAAAUCAAAGGUGUCAAGAGAUCAUGGACCAAAAAAUAAGAAGAAUAGCCAACCAAAAGCCAAAAAGAACCAAAAGAACAUUCAAAUGAACAAUGAAGAAGUUGGAGACAAAGAGACUAAUAAUAAUGGACAAAGCACAAGCUGUUGCAGCUCUGAGGAUGAUUCAAAUUUAAAAACCAAAACAAGGGCAAGCAGAGGGGCUGCAACAGAUCCACAAAGCCUUUAUGCAAGGAAAAGAAGAGAAAGAAUCAAUGAAAGAUUGAGAAUCUUGCAAGGUCUUGUCCCUAAUGGCACAAAGGUUGACUUAAGCACAAUGCUUGAAGAAGCGGUCCAUUAUGUGAAGUUUUUGCAGAUACAAAUUAAGUUACUGAGCUCAGAUGAUAUGUGGAUGUAUGCACCAAUUGCUUAUAAUGGAAUGGGAAUUGACCUCUAA